ACUUCUAAGCCACCCCGUUCUAGUUGGAAGGUUCCCCUUCCCGACUUUGCAAAAGCUAACUUCCAGGAAAUAUCCCCGUCUCCUUUUUACUCCAUGUAUAAGCCCAAAUGCUUCCUUUGCUUAUGCUUGCUUCAUAUUGAAACCCCUUCAAUUCUGUCAAUCCUCUACUAUUGCUUUAAUGGAAGCAAUCAAUAGGUGUUCUUCUUCAACUUCAUCCUUAGGUUCUUCUUCUUCAUCAGAAUCAUCUUUUGCUGGUAAUGAUAGAACGCCAAGAGCAGUCCACAAAGCUGAGAGAGUUAAGGGUCCAUGGAGUGCAGAAGAAGACCGCAUUUUAAUAACUCUUGUUGAAAGAUGUGGGCCAAAAAACUGGUCCCUUAUAAGCCGAUACAUAAAGGGAAGGUCAGGGAAAUCAUGCAGGCUUAGAUGGUGUAACCAGUUAAGCCCGCAUGUUGAGCACAGGCCGUUCUCACCGGCAGAGGACGAGACCAUCUUGGCCGCUCAUUCUCGGCUCGGUAACCGCUGGGCCACCAUUGCACGAUUACUCCCUGGUCGAACAGAUAAUGCAGUCAAGAAUCACUGGAACUCCACGUUGAAGAGAAGAUUAACAGAACAACAAUUACAACAGCAGCAACAACAAAUGGACUAUUUUGAUAAUGGAAGAAUUAACCGAGAGUCUGUGGCUUCAGGAUCUGUGCAGCAGUACUUGGGAUUGGAAGAUGAUGCGUCGACAACAUUAACAUUGGGGCCACCAGGGAGUGGUGUGCGAUGACCACGGAGAGGAAAAGGGAGAGUUUACCGGCUGGGUUUUCGGAUGCGAUGAGAGAUGUGAUAACAAGAGAAGUAAGAGAUUAUAUGAAUUCAGCUUUGUCGGAGAAUUAGUGUUGCGCCUGCUUUGUAACUUCAGUUCAACAGCUCCAAAAAGGCGGUCGAAUUCAAAUAAUGGUUUCUCUUAAAAAUAAUAUUAAUUUGGUGGUUUAUUUAGGAUGAAUUUCGUGUAAGAAUAAACAUAAUUAAGAUGUGCAGGUUGGCAAACCUCGACCUUUAAAUAGUAAAGCUCAAGUUCUGAUUUGAUGGAAGCCCUAAUGGGCAACAUACAUGCCACAAAUUGUUGCUGGAACAAAGAUAGUAAUGGAGAGGUCUUUUCAGUCUAACAAUUUUCACCAGACGAUGAAUAAAGCCCUGGUAUUAUGGUUAA